AUGUCGUAUCAGGAGCGAGAAGCAAAGAAGCGCAAAACCGCGCACAAUGGCGGUUCACAGCAGUCAUUCAGCCAGAGCGCCGCCGUGCCCGCCUCCGAGGGAAGAGAAUGGACCGUCUCUGUGGCAUUCCCCAGCAGCACCAUCGCAACCUCACAAGGUAAUCACAGCCUAGCCACGGCCGAACAGCGCAUCGCCGUCCCGAGCCGCAUCGCGCGCGCCCUCGCCAUCUUCUCCGUCGACGAAGUCAUCGUCUACGACGACUCCCCCGUCAAGACGCGCCCGCACAAGACGGACAAGUCCGUCUACACGGGCGACACGGACCCGUGCCACUUCCUGACGCACGUGCUGUCGUACCUCGAGGCGCCGCCGUUUAUGCGCAAGGCGCUGUUCCCGCUGCACCCGAACCUGCGGAUGACGUCUUCGCUGCCGGGCCUGGACACGCCGCAUCACCCGCACAUCAAGGAGUGGAUGAUGUACAGGGAGGGCGUGACGAUUGCGGGCAUGACGAGGUCCGGCGAGGGCACGCUGGUGGACGUCGGGCUGGAGAAGCCCGUCGAGAUCAAGGAGGACAUUCCGCCCAAGACGAGGGUCACGCUCAAGAUUGCGGAGGAGGAGGGCCAGCCGGCGCAGUGCGUGCAUCCGCAUGCGCCGCGCACGGAGGCCGGGUAUUACUGGGGUUAUACGGUGCGGCAGGCGAAUUCCCUAUCGGCGGUCUUUACGGAGUCGCCGUACGAGAACGGGUACGAUCUGAGUAUUGGUACGUCGGAGCGGGGGUCGCCUGUUUCCAAGGAGUUUCCCGCUUCGAAGAGGGUGCAGUUUAACCAUGUGCUCAUUGUGUUUGGCGGGCCGAGGGGCAUCGAGUAUGCGGCGAUGAAUGACGAGGAGCUGGGCGGGAUGGGCAUCCAGGGGGGCAAGACCAGGGAGCUGUUUGAUCAUUGGGUGGACGUCAUGCCGAAUCAGGGGAGCAGGACGAUUCGGACGGAGGAGGCCGUGUUCAUUGGGUUGAUGGCGUUGAAGAGGAUAUGGGAGAAUGAGUGA